UACCUUGGUAUUUAAACGUCUAUUGAUAAAGAAAGCGGCGCCAAUAGCUAUCUCCGUGAGGAUCGAGCUUCUUAUUAGGAGGGUUACUGCGCUUUCAGCUUGAUGAUGUUCAUAAUAUGUACAGGAACACUGAGGAUUUGAUUAUGAUAACUGCGGCAGUUUGUUGAUCAUCGUUGUACAACGUGCAAUAUAUUAUUAAGAUGGACACUGUCUCUAAGUGUCUGGUGACUAAGCUGGUUGUGGCCGUCCUUUCUGGCAUCGUGUUUCAUGUCGGUCUGAAUGUGACACAAACAUUCCCUUCCGAUGUCACCAAGCCAUUUGAAGAGAAGAUCGGAUGCCGAGUUUGUCCAGUUAAUGAAUCCAUCUUGGAACAGGACUUCUUUUACAGUGGAGAUUUAAUUGAGCCUGAUUCGCAAAGACGGGCUUCUGAAGGCUUCACUCAUACUUACGAAGUUACCAAACAGUAUGGCUCCCUGCAGGGCCUGUACAUUACCAGCGAUGGGCACUACCAUGCUAACAAACAUCUACAUAGGAAAACGCCAUUGCAAGGGCUUUACUUUGAUUAUAUCCAAGAUAACACAACAUGUCAUCAAUUACAAACUGCUUCAAGCUGUAGGGUACCUGAAGAGGGCGCCCCAUCAAUCGAUGGGAAAGAGGAAAUGGACAAUGAUACAGAACUGGAGGCGGAGAAGAGACCGAAAUGUAUCAAAAGAGUUCAUAUAUUUUCGAGUAUGAAACGCACGAUGACGUUUCCAGAAAUGAAUCACUUUCGAAGAUUUCUACAAACGAGCUCCAAGACAGAUUACGAGUCUGACAUCGACUGCGUGGCCGAGGGUUACCAUUGUGAUAUAGUCCUUACCCUCGGAGACAGGUUACACUCAAUGAGAGGAAAAGAUGCAGUGAUCUUUGGGAUGGUCCCUACAAUAUGGAAAGGACAUGACAUGCUUCAUAUAAUUUCGAAUAUAUCUCCUGAUUCUUCACAAACUUGGAUCUACUUCAGCACGGAGUCUCCUUACAGAGUAUCUCGUUGGGCCCAGCCUUUUGACAUUGCUUCUUUGAAAUACCACGUUCUGAUGACCUACAACAGAGAAGCCGAUAUUCCUAUUCCGUUUGGGCACUACAGAGAGUUUGACAACACCACUGCCACGACGGAUGACACGGUCAUGUCUGAUGCCUUCUUUGGGAACAGAACAGGACUUCUUUCCUGGGUGGCAACCAACUGUAAAGAAGUGUCUUGGCCGAGGAUGCCCUUCAUCCAGAAAAUCCUCGAAGAAAUACCCUUGGAUGACUACGGCGCGUGCGGACACAAGAAGUGCCUCCCGAGGAGGUCGGAAGCAUGCAACCGGUUCUUCGCGAGUUACAAGUUCUUCCUGGCCAUUCCCAACUCUGAAUGCCGCGACUACAUCACCGAAAAGUUCUGGAUGAUAUCUCUUCUGUACGGUGCAGUGCCACUGGUCCUAGGUGCCCCCAAGAGGGAUUACGAGCAGGUGGCACCACCGAAUUCCUUUGUCCAUAUUGGUGAUUUUGAGGACAUCAAGGACCUUGCGGAGUUCCUCCAGAAAGUUGACCGCGACGAGACCUUGUACAAGAAAUUCCACGACUGGAGACGUCGGGGUGAGGUAGUCAACACCUACCCCUUGCGUCCAGGAGAUCUGUGUAGGACAAUACCUCAUAUUUAUCCUCGGGAGGAGGGCGAUAUUAAGUACCUAGGGGACUCUGUCUGGUUCACGUCUUGCAGAACGCCCUUGAACAACGUUACCGCAAAUCAAGAUUACACCGAAAUCGGAUAUUGGACUCCAUGGAAAUAAUUAUUAUUUGCUUAAGGGCAUAUGGCUGUUCUUGACGAAUGUACAUUAAAUGCUUCAAAUUGCAUUUUUUUUUAUAUUAGUUUAAUGUACUUUUGACAUUAUAAAUGCCUUUUUAAUGAUUUUACAAUCUUUUCUUUUGUGUUAUUAUCUAAAACUUUAUUAAUCAUUCUAAAGGUCGGGAUAGCUUUAAACAUUAUUUCCACCGAAAAUUGCAUUCUUUACUCUCCUUACAAAUGUUUUUUUUUAUUAUCUUUAUCUUUAUUUAGCAUUCUAACGGGUAGCUUAUGAAUUUAAUAAUUUUUCUCUUCAAAAGAAGUUGCAUACUUUACUUUCCUGUCAAAUUUUGAAGCUGCUAAUGAAAAGACAACAUCGAUAUCAUCUAUUAUGAAUUAUAGCAGAAAAUAAGAUGAAACAUAAAUGGAUGUUUGGCGAGCAUACAUGUACCUCGAAAAAUAAAAUUUUCAUUUUUUCAACAGAUUUUGUGAAGUCAUUUGCGAGCAUCUCCAACAUCAUAAAUGACAUAAAUAUUAUGGUAUUGUUUAAAGAGUCGAUUGUUAUUAUUAUUACUAUUAUUGCUCUUCUUAUUAUUAACAAUUAAAAUAUAAGGUGUUUAUUAAGCUCGUAUUGUACGCUUUGCAGUUACGAAGUAAACAAUAAAGGUAUAAGAAAAGACAUUUUAAAAUGUUUCAUUAUUAUAGCAUAAACCAAAGUUAUGAUGUUUUUGUUGAUAUUCUUAUGAUUUAAGACUGCAGUAGUUCUAGAUCUACUGUAGAUCUUACAAUACAAUACUUCAUGUUGAUUUCAGUUAAUCCGCAUUGUAAUUUUUUUCAUCAGGUAAAAAAAGAAGAUUGAUCUAGCAUUGUGAUAAAAGAAUUGACGUUUGUCUUUGUUCUAAUACCAAUAAGUCUACAUCUACUUUAGAUCUGCACAUAGCCGUAAGCUGAAACUUUUCGUUGAGGGAAGCACAACAUAUUUUUUUGUGAAAAAAACUAAAAAAGCGAUGGAGUGAAGCGAGCGAGCUUGUCAAUGUGGUGUUUUGGUAUUUUGUCGAGUGAAAUUGAAGGGUUUAAUGCAUAUUUUUUGUGGAUUUUAUAAAAAAAAAACCAGUAAAAAUGUAAGUAGGGCCAUGGAUCUGCAAGUAAGAAUUUAUUUCCAUUUGAUUUUUGUGGAUCUUUUAUCUUGAUGUCAAGUUGAACUUUGGCCAUUUCUGGUCACGUUUACGAUAAAUCUUUACUUUAUUUAGUUACAGGCACUUAAUGUAAAAAGAUAGAGAACUGUAAAUAAUUACGAUGGAAUUAAACUUUGAUAAUCAUGCUUCUGUGUAAAGUCACACAGACGAGCCGCUUCCUUUGACCUCUGACCUUGAACCUGCAUAUUGGAGACAACAAAAUCAUUUCCAAAUGAUAGCUGACGAUACAUGUUAAUGUCAUAACCAUUGAAUUACUAUAUCUCUAUAAAAUUUGUAAAUUUAUAACCAAGUAAAGUUCAGAUUUUUCAUAAUUUCGGUCAUUUCGUGACCAAGAAUGCCCCAUUAUCUCUUUGAUGAGUUACCCACGACUAGAAAAUUAUAGCCAAGCCAAGUGAGAUUCAUAACAAUUUGGUUCCUCAAUUUCAUUAACGAAAGCUGAAAUAAGCUUACGAAGAAUGGUAAUAAAGCCAUUAUAGACAAAUUUUCAGUGGAGAGAGUAACAUAAUAUGUAUUCUCAUCAGAACGCGUAUUCCUAAAAUGCGACUUCAAGAUCAUUGGCCAUUCAUGGAAAACACUCGUAAUUCCUAGUACAAUCCAUCGUUUUACGUUAAGAUAUAGCAUUGGAAUUUCAAAUUUUAGUUAUGAAUAAUCAUUCUCAAAUCAGAGAUUAAACGAGUGGUGC